UUCAUUACGUCACUUCCUGCUACCCCAUACACCACUUCCUGCAUGUGCCGACAAGAUGGCUGCACCCAUGGCUAUUCAUUUGGAGUUUGGUGGAGGAGCAGAGCUUCUUUUUGAUGGUGUGAAGGAUCAUCAUGUCACUCUUCCAACCAAUGCAGAACCUUGGGACAUUCCGCAGCUGCUUAUGUGGAUCCGACACAACCUGCUCAAGGAGCGGCCCGAGCUCUUUGUCCAGGGCGACUCCGUGAGACCUGGGAUCUUGGUGCUGAUCAAUGAUGCUGACUGGGAGCUAAUGGGCGAGUUGGACUACCGCCUGCAAGAGCGAGACAACGUUGUGUUUAUUUCCACUCUGCAUGGAGGAUAGAAUACACACACACACACACACACACACACACACACAUACACACACACACACACACACACAAUUAGACCGUGCAUCCCUCAUUCACAUCCCAACAAAGCUGAACCCCAUUGGAUGACACGUCAGACGGCCAAGGUGAUGGAUGGUCCGUAGGAGCCAGAGGGCUUCUCAUAGACGGCUACCGAGCAAUUCGAGAAGAAUUUUCUAAAAUUGGAAGACUUUUUUUCCGAUUUGUUUUUGAAUAUAAAUGAACUGGGCAGGAGUCAUGGCAACACUGUUAAUCAUCAGAAUAUCACACAACAGUGUCUCCCCCCACCCCAACUAUUAUUCAUAUUUCCUGUCUUUUUACAAUAUGUGUUUAUAUUUUGUAACUGUAAAAUUGAAAUUUUUUGUUGUUGUUGUUUUAAAAUAAAGCUUUACCAGCAGGGAGAAUGUUGUUUCUGUUUUCAUAAGUCUGCCAUUUACCUAUUCACUCCAUCCCCAUGUCAAAACUUCCAAUCGUAAUCUUGCAGUCAUUUUUCUUAUGUUGUCUUUAUUUAAAAAAUAUAUAUAUUAGUCACACAAUUACAACACUUUCCUUUUCAUACAAUAAUGCUCACUACAUAGCGAUGGGAAUGUUGCUUCUGCUAUUAUCACAAGGGUGCAUUCAUCAAUCAAUGAACGCACACCCACCUCCAUACAAAACCGUCCACACCAGAGAUUGAAAUAAUUUUAGGUUUUUCCCCAAAGCAUUUUAAAAAUAUUGCCACAAACACAAUAAAAUGUUACGGGUUUUUCUUUAUGUAAUUUUAUCAUUUGCAUCAUGCCAAAGCUCAUUUUACAAAA